AUGCUCAUCGCUCUCAACGACACAGGCAACCUCACAGACCUGGCGCUCGGCCCAGACCUCCCCUCCAGCCCCUACAGCCUCGCCCAGAAGAUCGUCAUCGCAAUCAUCGCCAGCGUCCUUUCCGUUCUAACUGUUGUCGGCAACUCCUUGGUGAUGAUCAGCUUCAAGAUCGACAAGCAGCUGCAGACGAUCAGCAACUACUUCCUCUUCUCGCUGGCGGUUGCCGACUUCGCCGUCGGCCUCAUCUCGAUGCCUCUCUUCACCAUGUUCACCAUUUACGGCUACUGGCCCCUCGGCCCGCACGUUUGCGACACCUGGCUCGCCUUGGACUAUCUCGCGUCGAACGCGUCAGUGCUUAACCUCCUUAUUAUAAGUUUCGAUAGGUAUUUCAGUGUUACGAGACCCUUAACGUAUAGAGCUAAGAGGACUACACGGCGCGCUACUGUCAUGAUAGGGGGCGCGUGGGGAUUCAGCUUAUUGCUGUGGCCUCCGUGGAUUUACGCCUGGCCCUACAUAGAUGGUGAGAGGAAAGUGCCUCCGAAUGAGUGUUAUAUCCAGUUUAUAGAGACUAAUCAGUUUAUUACGUUCGGGACGGCCAUCGCGGCGUUUUAUGUGCCAGUGACUGUUAUGUGUAUAUUGUAUUACAAGAUUUGGAGGGAGACGAAGAAGAGACAGAAGGAUCUGCCCAAUCUUCAGGGUGGGAAGAAACACGAUUCGUCGAAAAGAUCGAACUCUAGGUAA